AUGGCUCUUCUAAGUAAUUUACUGAUAUUUCUUGUCGGAGCUGCGAAUGGUAAAACGGCCUUGCAGCUGCUAGCCUGUGGCAGGUUGCGGAUCGCAUCCUCGGUAGACAACCCCUCGUGCCCCAACAUCAAACAUCAGCUUCAUCUAUCUUUACUUCGCAACACCAUGGGCAACAGAGAAGAGAUUGCAGCGCUCUCAUAG